UGGCGGGUUGAGAGGUUUGAGGAGACAAAGGGGAUCCGGGAGGGGAAUGGUGUCGAGAGGGGGUUCACUAAACAGAGCCGCUGCCGCUACCACGAUCGAUGGACAGUUUAAUCAGACCACAUUCACAUCGAGGGGGACAUUCAGAGGACGAGGAAGAGGUAGAGGAAGAGGAGCCAGACUGAGCAGGGGUGCAAUUUCAGCAAGAGGACAAAGGGGUGGAAGACCAUUUGUAUUAGACAGAGGGUUUUCUGCCACAGAAAUGGCUGAGAAAUUGCAAAAGUAUCAGAAAAUAAGAGGAAGUCAAAGAACAGCACCAUCUGGCUCAACACUGACAGUUUCCCUGCCAAAUGCUAAAUCUGCACCUGUCACUGUGAAGACACCUAUUCAGGCUAGGAGGGGUGGGGUAGUGUUAAGAGGCAGAUCUUCUAGAGGAGCCGGUACUUCUUUACCUAAGGGGAUUCCUCUGCAAUUUAACUACAAAGCGACCACUAACCAGACUGCCGUAUCCCUCAAUGACCGAUUCACUGACCUGAGUUUCAGUGGGCGAGGAUGGGGAAGGGGCGGUGGAAGAGGAAGAGGAGCUGUUGGAGGAGGCGGAGGAAGAGGAAACGCUGUUAGGGGUGGACGAGGCAGAGGGAGAGGAAACAUUAUAGGUGCUGGAAGAGGCAGAGGAAGAGGAAACAUUGCGGGGGCUGGAAGAGGGAGAGGAAGAGGAAACAUUAUAGGUGCUGGAAGAGGAAGAGGAAACAUUGCGGGGGGUGGAAGAGGCAGAGGAAGAGGAGGGGUUGGUGUGACAAGAGGAGGACGAGGCUUGACAAGAGGGAGGGGAGAAUCAAGAGGAGCUGGUCGAACAGUAAUUCUUCAGUGAUUCGAAUAACAAUCGUUCAAUUUAAUGAAUGAGUGGUGUUUACUGUUAGUGAUGCACCAAUAUUUCGGCAACCAAAAUUAUUUUUAAAUUAUUUGAAUUUGAAACAGCCCAAACAUAAAAAAAAUAAAAUAAAAAAAAAAUCAGUUUUGACCAAAAUAGUUUUGGAGGGCUUUGCUAUCACAGGACUAAAUUAAAGUUUAAAAUAUAUUAAAAUAUAAAAAAUAUUUUAAAUUGUAAUAAUAU